CCUCACCAGCAGCAGCAGCAGCAGCGCUCGGCUCACAGAAACAGAGCCAUCCGCCUCCCCAUCCUCCUCCCUGUCCUCUCCAUCUCAUCUCCAGGCUACAGGGGGACACGUCGCGCGCUUUGAGGUUUAUACAUCUUCCUUUGAGAGAUUUGGUUCAAGUCAUCAGACCGGACAGUGAGGUGACCAUCCUGCAGCCACUGGUUCUCAUAGCACCUCUCCAAAAUGGAGGACAACUACCAGAACCGGACUGCCUUCAUUAAAGGUGCCAAAGACAUUGCCAAAGAAGUCAAACGGCAGGCGUCAAAGAAAGUCGGCCGCUCUGUUGACCGAGUGAGCGAUGAGUAUGCCAAACGCUCAUACAGCCGCUUUGAAGAGGAUGAUGAUGAUGACUAUCCCAUGCAAGGGAGCCAAGAUGGAGGAUAUUACCGUGGAGACAGUCAGGCCAAUGAUGAUGAAGGAGGACACAGUGACUCCACAGAGGGUCACGAUGAAGAUGAUGAGAUCUACGAGGGCGAGUACCAGGGCAUCCCGAGGGCAGACUCUGGGAAGGGGAGCAUCGCUGGAGGUCCUGGUUCAGUCCAGGCAGGGGCGCAACAGUUCACCGAUAUCGGGGUGUCGGAGGCGGAGAGGAGGAAAGAUCAAGAGGAGCUAGCCCAACAGUACGAGACCAUCCUGCAGGAGUGUGGUCACGGGAAGUUCCAGUGGAGCCUGUACUUUGUGCUGGGGCUGGCGCUGAUGGCCGAUGGUGUGGAGAUCUUUGUCGUUGGAUUUGUACUGCCCAGUGCGGAGAAGGACAUGUGUUUGUCUGAGCCCAACAAGAGCAUGCUGGGUCUGAUUGUGUACUUCGGGAUGAUGGUGGGGGCGUUCUUGUGGGGGGCUCUCGCUGACCGGAUUGGACGUCGCCAGGCGCUCCUCAUUUCUCUCUCCAUCAACAGCAUCUUCUCCUUCUUCUCCUCCUUUGUCCAGGGAUACAGCACCUUCCUGUUCUGCAGACUGCUCUCUGGAGUCGGAAUCGGUGGAUCUAUCCCCAUCGUGUUUUCCUAUUAUUCCGAGUUUCUGGCCCAGGAGAAGCGGGGAGAACACCUGAGCUGGCUCUGCAUGUUUUGGAUGAUUGGAGGGAUAUAUGCCUCUGCCAUGGCCUGGGCCAUUAUCCCACAUUAUGGAUGGAGUUUCCAGAUGGGCUCAGCCUAUCAGUUCCACAGCUGGAGAGUGUUUGUGCUGGUCGCCGCGUUUCCGUCUGUUGCAGCCAUUGCAGCCCUCAGUGCGAUGCCUGAGAGCCCACGCUUCUACCUGGAGAAUGGGAAACACGAUGAAGGCUGGAUGAUAUUGAAACAGGUCCAUGACACCAACAUGAGAGCCAAGGGGUAUCCAGAGAGGGUUUUCUCUGUCACCACCAUUAAAACAGUGAAGCAGAUAGACGAGCUGGUGGACAUCGGCACCGACACUCCAGUCUGGCAACGCUACCGCCUUAAAAUUAUGAGUCUGUCCCAUCAGAUUCGUAAUAACAUCCUAGCCUGCUUCAAUCCAGAGUACAAACGCACAACUUUUAUGCUAAUGGCUGUGUGGUUUAGCAUGUCUUUCAGCUACUACGGUCUUACAGUCUGGUUCCCAGACAUGAUCAAAUACAUCCAAAAACAGGAGUACGAGUCUCGCACAAAAACAUUCAAAGAAGAACGAGUGGAGCAUGUUACCUUCAACUUUACCCUAGAAAACCAAAUCCACCGUCAGGGAUACUACUUCAACGAUAAGUUUCUGAAUUUGAAAUUGAAAUCAAUGGUGUUUGAAGAUUCAGUUUUUGAGGAAUGUUACUUUGAGGACAUCACAUCCACCCACACGUUCUUUAGAAACUGCACUUUCGUCGCCAGCUUAUUCUACAACACAGACUUGUUCAAAUACAGAUUUGUCAACUGUAAGCUUGUGAACAGUUCCUUUAUUCACAACAAAGAAGGCUGCAUGUUGGACUUCAGCGAUGACUUCAACAAUGCUUACAUGAUUUACUUUGUCAACUUCCUUGGCACCCUGGCCGUGUUGCCUGGCAACAUUGUCUCCGCUCUGUUAAUGGACAAAAUUGGUCGUUUAAGAAUGCUGGCUGGGUCCAGUGUCAUCUCCUGUGUCAGCUGUUUCUUCCUCAUGUUUGGAAACACAGAGUCUGGAAUGAUCGCCCUCUUGUGUUUGUUUGGAGGUAUUAGCAUUGCCUCCUGGAACGCCCUGGAUGUCCUCACAGUGGAGCUCUACCCCUCAGAUAAAAGGACAACAGCGUUUGGCUUCUUGAACGCUCUCUGUAAGCUAGCGGCUGUUUUGGGCAUCAGCAUUUUCCAAUCUUUCGUGGGAAUCACCAAAGCUGUACCGAUCCUGUUUGCGGCCGGUGCACUCGCAGCCGGCAGCUUCCUCGCUACAAAAUUACCUGAAACAAGAGGCCAGGUGUUGCAGUAAAAACCAAUGCAAGCCCCCAAAUGUAGGGCCCAAUUACAGCUACUACAGCCUUUGGACAUCUGAGAGAGCUGCACCAUCGUCGAACCAGAGCAAAAAGACUGCCACCUCCCAUUGUAAGCCCAGAAUCCUUUGAUAUGUACAUCAAUUUUUCACUAUAGAGAUUGUCAGAGAAGAGCACACACCUUUGACUGAAAUGAAGACUUUGUUUUAGCUGCACAAAAAGCAAGAUAUUGUGUGCUGCUUGAAUGAACUGUUCAUUUCUGGGAAAGUUAUGGAAAGAAGUGAAAGGUUGGGACUGACUUAAGCCAUUGGAAGGGCGCAUUCAGUUAAGAAAGCUACAGAUGUGAUUGCAUUGUUAUGUUCCUGACUUGCCUCUGGUUUACAGUGCUGCUCUUAGUUGUAAAAUGAUAUGUUAAUUAUGUAAAAUAAGGGUGAGACUAUUUGCGACAUCUCCUUGACUGUUUACCACUGCUUGAGUUUACAAAUUACUAUAAGACAUUCCACAUAGGCUUGAUAUAUUAAGAUAUAAUCAUUUUAUAGGCUAUGGGCUACUUGCCUGCAUGGCCUUGUCCCUUUUAUGUACAUUUCUAAUGUUUACAUUCACCUAAAACCUCAAAGAUUACGUUCACAGGAUUCUCUGUCCUAAAUGGGAACUAGUUUGUGUUUUGUGUGGUCAAAUGUCGUCUCUCCCUCCUGUUGUCUGAAGCUGUGGCAGUGUGGUAUAUGUAGGACAGUUGGAGGUGUAAUGGUUGAUGUGAGAAUGGUUGAAUUUGUGUGUAUUGUUGCAUGGCUGAAGAAGGUCCUCUAUGUCCCCAUUCAUACCCCACAACAAUGCAUUUGUCUAUUAUAAUGGAAUAAACAACAGCCAUUAUAAUGCCAAUAUGAAGAGAAUAGGCUCAACAAAGUCAUUUAACAACUGUAGCUUGUUAGCAAUCAAUGAAGUUAACUCAAGCUAUGCCCAUAAAGCUAAGCCAUCUAUGCUAACUAGCUGACAUUUUUAACAAUGUUUAAAAAUGCCUCACAGUUGUAACAGUUGUAGCUCGUUAGCUCACUCAGGUGUAAUUCAAUGUUGACAUUAUGUUAACAUAGCCAUGCUAGUUAGCAAAAAGUCAUUUUGGAACAAAUUUGAUCAAUUCAUGUGAAAUAUUUCAGCCUUAAUAUUGUGUGAGGGUUUUACCCACAAGCUUGUUUUUUAAUCUAUUCCCAUAACAUUUAAAUCACUUCUAGAUGUUUUGUUUUUUAAUCUCUCAUUUAAUUUUAUGGCUUUGUUUGUUCUAAAAUGUUAAUGGCACAUUCCAGAAAUAGCCCCUCUUUUCUGAUUGUAAGCGAUUUAUCUAAGCACAAAUUGAACCAAAAUGAAGAGCGCUAAAGAGUUCUCUAAAUUUCACUUGUAGCACAAACUAAAAGGGGACUUCGUAAAAAUAAUAGUGGGCUAAUUUUAC